UUGUAUCAGCGCUUCCUUUAAUAUUUUUUUAUUUUAAUUAGAUCAAGCCUCAGAGGUACAGGUGACAAUGAUGCUGACUGAAAGCUGUAAACUCAGAGGACUUCAUCACAGGAAUCUGCUACCAAUCACUCAUGUCUGUAUAGAAGAGGGGGAGAAACCAAUGGUGCUGCUGCCAUACAUGAACUGGGGGAACCUUAAACUGUUCUUGAGACAGUGCAAGCUGGUAGAGGCCAAUAAUCCUCAGGCAAUUUCCCAGCAAGAUCUUGUACAUAUGGCUAUUCAGAUUGCCUGUGGAAUGAGUUAUCUGGCCAGGCGGGAGGUCAUUCACAAAGACCUGGCUGCUAGAAACUGUGUGUAUGAUGAUGCACUUCAGGUUAAGAUUACAGACAACGCGCUGUCUCGAGACCUAUUUCCCAUGGACUACCAUUGCCUGGGAGAUAAUGAGAACAGACCAGUUCGAUGGAUGGCUCUUGAAAGCCUGGUUAACAAUGAAUUUUCCAGUGCUAGUGAUGUGUGGGCCUUUGGAGUGACGCUGUGGGAGCUCAUGACUUUAGGCCAGACUCCUUAUGUUGAUAUUGACCCCUUUGAGAUGGCUGCUUAUUUAAAGGAUGGCUAUCGAAUAGCUCAACCCAUCAACUGCCCUGAUGAACUGUUUGCUGUGAUGGCUUGCUGUUGGGCCCUAGAUCCUGAAGAAAGACCCAAGUUCCAGCAGCUGGUGCAAUGUCUAACUGAAUUUCAUGCAGCAUUGGGAGCCUAUGUCUGAAGGAGCAGGAGAAGAAGGUUCAUUCACUGGCUGGGAGAAGGCAUGGUGUCCAUCUGCAGCUCUGUCCAUCACUUGGACUCACACGUGGGAUGUGUAUAAAGCAACACUAAAGGGAGAAAGCACUUCUUCCCAAACACUGUGCCUUAGAAUGCCUUAGUAGUCUGAGUUUGUUUUUGUAAGACCUCUUGAUGUUGAAUAUUUUCUAGAUCUCACUUUUGCUAAGUUAAAUGGAGACCUUUUUAUUUGCCAUCAGGAUUUUUAAAGUGUAGUGCUAGUGAACUUAAACACAACAUUUGGAUGGACUUUGCACUCUUAAAACAGAUGUGAUUUUGGGUUUUUUUUUUUUUGGAACUGGUAGAAAAGUGAGGCUAGGGGAAAUAAAUGCA